AACACAGAUUAGACAGCAUGGCAGAUGAGCCUCCUGUAAAGAAAGAUAAACUAAAUACACCCUCAAAUAAAGAGGGCGUGGAGAAAGUGGACUGGAAACAAUGGAAAGCACAAAAGAAAGAGGAGAAGAGGUUACGCAAAGAGAGCAGUUUAAUCCGAAAGCUGGAGAAACAGAAGCUGAAGAAAGAACAUGAGCAGGAGGUUCAGCAGGAAGAAAAGGAAAGUACAGGUCGUGCAUAUUCAUUGAGCGUGGCUCUGCCUGGAUCAGUGAUGGACAACGCUCAGUCUCCAGAGCUGCGUACAUACCUGGCUGGUCAGAUCGCUCGGGCGUGUGCCGUGUUCUGUGUGGAUGAGGUGGUCAUAUUUGAUGAUCAGGGAGACAACACAAGGAACAUUGAGGGCGAGUUCAGAGGUGUUGGUAAGAAAGGCCAAGCCUGCGUUCAGCUGGCACGGAUCCUGCAAUUCCUGGAGUGUCCGCAGUACCUGCGGAAAUCCUUUUUCCCAAAACAUCACGACCUGCAGUUAGCCGGUAUUUUGAAUCCACUGGACAGCCCCCAUCACAUGCGCAUCGAUGAGGAGGUGGAGUUUCGAGAGGGGGUGGUGCUGGAUCGGCCAUGCAGAUCAGGAAAAGGGUCUUUUGUAAACUGUGGCAUGAGGAAGGAAGUUCAGAUCGAUAAACAGCUUCAGGCGGGACUUAGAGUAACUGUACAACUCAACAAAAAUGACAACAAAGAUGGUAAAGUUUAUAACGGUAGGGUUGUAGCUCCUCACGUCCCGAGAACAGAAGGAGGGCUGUACUGGGGCUACAACGUGCGGCUUGCUUCUUGUCUCAGUGCAGUGUUCACAGAGUGCCCGUAUAAAGAGGGUUACGAUCUGACCAUUGGCACGUCUGAGAGAGGAACCAAUACGGAUCAGGUCACUCUAUCUCCAUUCAAACACAUGUUGGUGGUGUUCGGUGGACUUCAGGGUUUAGAGGCGAGUCUUGAUGCUGAUGAAAAUCUCAAUGUCACCGACCCCAGUGUGCUUUUUGACCUGUAUCUCAACUCCUGUCCCGGGCAGGGCAGUCGCACCAUUCGAACGGAGGAGGCUUUAUUAAUCUCACUAUCAGAACUCCGGCAGAAAAUCGCUGCUGUAUUUUCUGACGCGUCUACAGGAUGAGCACGAAAACUACUGCCACCUGCAAUAGAAGUUCAUUUUCAACGGGGUCCAAUCAGAAAAGAACUGAACAGAUGUCUGGGACACAGCCAUGAAAGAUCUUUUCGACAAGCAGCCCUUUGCGUUCUUUUUACAUGUACAUUUUUGUAAAACUAUCUUUCUGAACUACGA